AUGUGUGAUUUUCAACAGGCGAAGAGAUACUUUUUGCAGAUCGGUUUGUUGUCGAGUAUAAAUGUAUCUGGAGUUAAAAAAUUUAAUGGAGGUGGAAUUGAGGGUACAGAGCAUGCGCUACGUACUAUAUUCCUUUUCCUUGACCUAACCUCGAAGGUUUACUUGAAUUUGUCAAAAUUUCAUUGCCCCCAGCAUUUACUGAGAGAGAGAAGGGAUCUAAUCGAGGAGGCAACCUUUGAUUCUAGUCAUCCAUAA